UAUUUCCAUUUAACUAAAGCUUCAGUCUCUCUCGAGUAAAAUAACAAGAGGAGUAAAAUUUAUCAAAAGAAACCAUGAUUAUGCUUAAUUACUUUGGCAUAAACUUUUUUUUAAUUUUAUGUGUUGUUUUCGCUAGGAAAUAAUCAAGCUUGAUCUGGUAUCAGGUCUAUUCUAGAAUCGCUGGUCCGAUGGUGAUGACGAAGAUCUUCAGGAGUAAUAAUAACGAAGACGAGGCUCUGAUUAAUCGUAAACUUCACAAAGAGCUGUUACUUCGUAUAUUCUCAUAUUUGGAUGUCAUAUCACUUUGUCGUUGUGCCCAAGUAUCAAAGUCUUGGAAUGUCUUAGCUCUUGAUGGCAGUAAUUGGCAAAAGGUCGAUCUUUUUAAUUUCCAAACUGACAUUGAGGGUCCGGUUGUUGAAAAUAUAUCAUUAAGAUGUGGAGGUUUUCUCAAAGAACUCAGCUUACGAGGCUGCAAAGCUGUUACCGAUUCAGCUCUUCGGACGUUCGCUCAGAAUUGUAACAAUAUUGAAGAUCUCAAUCUCAAUGACUGUAAAUACCUUACCGAUAGCACUUGUGCCAGCCUUAGUAAACACUGUUCAAAGCUGACUAGCUUGAAUAUUGGGUCCUGUAUAGAGAUUACUGACCGAUCCUUGGAGGCUCUCGGAGAGGGUUGUCCUCACCUGGAGAAACUUGACAUUUCGUAUUGUGAAAAGGUAACACCGUUUGGAGUUGUCUGUAUUGCACAAGGAUGUCCAAAGCUUCGUGCCUUCAUUGCAAUAUUAUGCUAUAAGAUCAAUGAUGAAGCUAUUAGUAGACUGGCGAAACAUUGUCCUAACUUAGAAGUUGUUAAUUUAAAAGCUUGCUGCUUGAUCACCGACGAAGCAAUCAUCAGUUUAGCUGAAAAUUGUCAUAAUAUGAAAUACAUUUGUUUAUCUAAUUGUACCCAUUUGACGGACAAUUCACUGGUUGCCUUAGGGCAACGAUGCCACAAACUUCGCACUCUUGAGGUUGCUCGCUGUUCACAUUUCACGGAUGCUGGUUAUCAAGCAUUAGCGCGAAAUUGUCGUUACCUAGAAAAUCUUGACCUUGAAGAGAACACGCUGAUUACCGACAAUGCCUUGGCAUAUUUAUCAAUGGGAUGCCCAAAGCUCCAAAAAUUGAGUCUUUCUCACUGUGAACUUAUCACUGAUGACGGUAUCAGGCAUCUCAGCUCUAGUGCCUGUGCCUGUGAUGUCCUUGUUUCCCUGGAUUUGGAUAAUUGUCCUCUCAUCACUGAUUCUUCAUUAGAUCAUCUUGCGGCUUGUAAUAAACUUCAGAGAAUUGAAUUAUAUGAUUGUCAAUUAAUCACUCGAGCUGGAAUACGUCGACUUAAGAGCCAUUUGCCUGAUCUCAAAGUUCAUGCUUAUUUUGCCCCAACCACCCCUCCACCCUCGCAAGGAGUUGGAAGACAAAGAUAUUGUCGUUGUUGUUCAAUUGUAUGACAAAUACUCAACUUGCGUUUUUGUCAUAAUUACAAACAUUGGUUUUAAUAAAGUUACUAUUCGAUAAUAUUCUCAAUUCAAGCUCUUUAAUUGUAUUCAAGAAAUGUAAUUUUACCUUCAGCAUGAGCUGAUCAGAAAAUUUGAAAUACAAAAAAGGAUCAACGAGACUAGUAUUGAAUUAAACAACUAAUAUUAA